CCAGUCUUUUGGACCCUGGAACCCCAAUGAGUCAAUGUUUAAUGCAGCCACGAGUCUAGUCACAAGUAUGAUUGUUUUUGACUGGUCCUUUGACUCACUGACCAUUCCUGGCAUUCGUUUGCGUUGUGAACUAUGAUUCUGUUUCUCCUGGUGUAUCUGGGUGUAGUGUGGAAGCCCCAAUUUAAUAAUUUCCGACUUCACUAAGUGCAAGGUCACAUUCCAAUCUCCAGACCUUCAUUCAGGAACUCCUUCCCCCGCCCUCUUUUCUUGAGCAUAUAUGCUACCCACGCGGAGGGCACCUCACUCGCUCUAUAGGUAGCAAGACGCGUUGUCCUUUAGGAAUACGGAGGUUUACGUCUUCGUUCUGAGGGUGGGGGAAAAACCAGUUGUCACUUUAAAAGAGUUCGCGCUUGCUAAGGUACUAAGGUAGAAGCUGCACCGAAGCGUCGCGAGAACUGCAACCACCCGCAACUUCUCGCGAUGUUUGGCCCCGCUAAAGGUCGCCAUUUUGGAGUUCUCCCAGCGCCGGGUUUCCCCGGCGGCGUCUCUCAACAGGCUGCCGGAACCAAAGCUGGCCCCGCGGGUGCCUGGCCUGUGGGCAGCCGGACCGACACGAUGUGGCGGCUCCGCUGCAAGGCCAAGGACGGCACCCAUGUUUUGCAGGGGCUGUCCAGCCGGACCCGGGUGCGGGAACUCCAGGGCCAAAUUGCCGCCAUCACCGGGAUCGCCCCCGGCGGUCAGCGAAUCCUCGUCGGAUACCCUCCCGAGUGCCUGGAUCUCAGCAAUGGGGAUACCAUUCUGGAAGACUUGCCCAUCCAAUCUGGUGACAUGCUGAUCGUUGAAGAAGACCAAACCAGGCCCAGAAGUUCACCUGCAUUUACUAAACGUGGUGCUUCUAGUUACGUCAGGGAAACUUUGCCUGUGCUUACCAGAACCGUGGUCCCAGCAGACAACUCUUGCCUGUUUACCAGUGUGUACUAUGUCGUCGAAGGAGGAGUCUUGAAUCCGGCUUGUGCCCCUGAGAUGAGACGCCUCAUAGCACAAAUUGUAGCAAGCGAUCCGGACUUCUAUAGUGAGGCAGUACUGGGAAAAACAAAUCAAGAGUACUGUGACUGGAUCAAAAGGGAUGACACUUGGGGAGGAGCAAUAGAGAUAUCGAUUUUGUCCAAGUUUUACCAAUGUGAAAUAUGUGUAGUGGAUACACAGACAGUAAGAAUUGAUCGUUUUGGGGAAGAUGCAGGAUACACCAAAAGGGUUCUGCUUAUUUAUGAUGGUAUCCAUUAUGAUCCACUUCAGCGUAACUUCCCUGAUCCAGAUACACCUCCUCUGACCAUUUUCUCCUCUAAUGAUGAUAUUGUUCUUGUACAAGCACUGGAAUUAGCAGAUGAAGCUAGAAGAAGGAGACAGUUUACUGAUGUCAACCGCUUCACCCUGAGAUGCAUGGUAUGUCAGAAAGGAUUAACUGGACAAGCAGAAGCAAGGGAACAUGCCAAGGAGACAGGCCAUACCAACUUUGGAGAAGUGUGACCUAUGCAUGAAUGAGGGUUGAAGCCUACUACCUCACACAACCAGAAGGCUCUGGGUUUUCCAAUAAGCUAUCGUAACCCUAAAGAACAAAGGAUACAAUGCUUGAACCAUCCUUUUAACUUAAAACCACUAAGACACUGAAAUUCCUUGUUAAGAUUAAAAUUAGUGUGCAAGUUUACAGAUGUGUGUCUACAGUGGUAAACUGUACAUACACGCCUCUUUCUGCUGGAGUGACAGAAUAGGUGAUCCUUGCCACCUACUGACACUGACCUGAAGGUUGAGAUUGAGUAUUAUAAACUAGCACCCAGCAGCUUUAACUUGUAGAAGAAAGCAUCACAUUUUGAGUAAUGUGGAAGGCCUCCUGUGAGUCCACCGGGCAUUCAAUUGAGAUUGAGUAUUAUAAACUAGCACCCAGCAGCUUUAACUUGUAGAAGAAAGCAUCACAUUUUGGGUAAUGUGGAAGGCCUCCUGUGAGUCCACUGGACAUUUACCACAGUGUCUCCAGUAAUUGAGUCUUUUUAAAAACUCUGAAUGAGUUAAGUUUCUAAAUUAUGAAUUGAUUCAUCAAAUGAAGAUACUCAGAAUCGUCCAAACUGAUUUUAUAUUGCAAUUUGGUAGACUUUAUAAAUGUGUGCUUAACCACUGAUAAGUACAUCACAAGCAAUUUUUACAGGGAUGAGUCUCAUUCUUGAGAAUGUUAUCACAAAACAGGAACCGAUUGUGCCCUGUUUAAGAUCUCUAGCAUAUAAAAAGUAGAAUGUAUGAGGGAAAAGGUGCCUGAGCAGCUUCCUGAAGCUUUAAAAGACCGUUGGCCUCGUGUUUUAAUGCAAUUCAUGUAUUGGUCUUUGUCACAUUGGAUAACAUUUUAAAGUUAAGCAGGGUACUUUUUUAAUUGAAAUUCCUUGAAAUUCGAGUCCUCAGUUUUUUCUUCAUUUGCGUAAAGAUUUAUCGGGGGGAUUUAAUUUUCUCAGCUUUUUGUUAAGAGCACUUCCUCCAAAAAAUUUUUUUCAAGUAAUAAUGCUCUGCUUUGGGUUGGUUUUUGUAAGAUUUUUUGCACACCUAAAGAGUGUUUGCUUUUGUGCUAGCCUUAUCCCUCCACUAAAGUUAUUUUAAAUAAUUUCACAUUUCUGCAAAUUAGCACUUUGCUUAUCUGCAAUCUUUUACUUUGAUUUUUGAAGUUUUAAAGUAAUUGGAGUAAUACUAUUGAAUGAAUUAGUUUCACUUCCAAAAUAGGAAAAAUUGUAAAUCCUUGCCUUAUGCAGCUUUCUCAGAAUUCUGCUUCUUCCUAGUACUAGAUGUGUAGCCAUUUGCUUAGUGGACUAAUCCGCAAGGCACACCCUCUAAAACUUAGCUUCACUACAAGAUCUUCCAGAUAAAGUUUUCUACCUCUUUUCUUAAUUAUUCUGAUCAGGGAUGCUAAAUUAUAAUUUGUUAUGUAUUAUCUCACAUAAUGUGAAGAGGCUUAAUGUGAAGUUUUGUUAUUUUGGUCUUAUUUUUUAUUAAGUAUCUCACUUAGAAAUUCAGUGGUAUACUUUAAAGCACUUGGAUCUUUUUCAGCAUAUCUUCCUAGCAAAUGUUUUAAAAUUGGCAUUUACUUUUAGCACUUUCACUUGGUGAAGGUGGCCAUAUAAAAUUAAGGAACAUUUGAACACUAUAAGAGAAAAGAACUUUUAAGGAACAAUUCACAAAGUUUGUUUGAAAUCGUCAGAUGACAUUUCUUGAGUACUUUUUGUGUGCAUAGUUAUUUUAGACAAUAUAAGCUGUUAUGGUCAGCAUAACUUAAAAGUGUUUAGUUUUCUAUUUUACUGAGCCUUAAAAAUAGCACUGAUGAGCUUAUGAUACUUAAUGUUUGGCAAUCAUAAUGUGUUCAAAUUAAUAGGAUUGAAAAUCUCUCCACACCUGACUCUCAUCUGGUCUGGAUGGUUUUGGUUUUGUAUCUUUUUUAUUUCUCCCAGAAAAUACUAAAUUUAAAACUGUAAAUUAAGAAUAUACCACUAGAUAACAAUUAUCAAAUUGAGCUUUAUGCAUCAUUACUCAGAAAGCUUGCCUUCCUUUCUUUGCUACUUCAGGAGACAGAGUUGACAUUUGCUUACUGCAGCUUUAGAUCUAGAAGUUUAUUCAUGCAACAAAUAUUUAUUGAGUAAUUUAUACUGUGCCAGGCAUGUUUUGAUAUGUUUCUGUCAUAUGUUUUGAUAUGUUCCAACAUAAGUUUCUGUCACUUUAAAAUUCAGUAUAUAUUUUCUACAGCGGGUAAAUUUAACAAAUGGAAAGGAAUAGAACACUGAUAUUUUACAGAAUUAAACCCCUUCAUUGUAAGGGCUUUGUUUACAUAUUAAGUGUCAAGUAUUUAUUCAGGGGAUCUUAUUUCAUUCUAUUUUAUCUGUUAUCUAGGUUGUCCAUUUACCGGUUGGACACUGAUACUCUGUCAAAUUACUUUCAGAAAUGACUCUUUAAUCUGCUGAAAUUUAGCACUAGUACUUUAGUGUUCUGAUCCUGGAAAAUUCAAGGUGAAGCUUUAUUUGUGGACCAUCUGAUUUAAUUUUUGAGGAUUAAAAACCUAAACCUUUGCUCAUUCUAAACUCAAGUUUUUAAGCCUCACAGAAUUUACAGGGGUUUGCUUUUUGUUUGUUUUUUCAUUUUUUACUGUGCUUAUUAAACUCUUGGAAUUAGUUAUUAAAGAGUAAAUUCUCAUCUUGGGAAUUUUGAAAAUCUGUGGACUUACAACGUUCAGGAGGAUUAAAUGUCUUAAGUUUUGUACUAGAGCAGAAUGAAAUCCUUCCUAUUCAUUGAGUUUUUGCCUGCCAUAGAGGAAUUUUUUUAAAAAUUAAAAUGACAGUUUACAUUAGUGGCAAAGUGAAUAAAGACCUCACUUUCCCACCCCACCCUUCUUCCUUUCUCUUACUCUUCUUUGGAUUAAAGGUCAGGUGUAGUGCUAUGAAGAUUCACUCCUGAAUAAAGUGAUUUCAGAAGCUAAAAUUUAACAAACCUGGAAAUUUUGUGAUGUGUUAGCCAAGUGAAGACAUUAGUGUGUUCCAUCUUUUGCUAAUGGUUCAUGGUUGAUUUCUUCAUUGUUUCCCAUGAAAUUAGCAUAGUCAAGUGGUACCCUUGACGCUUGACUGCUGGUUAGUUUGACCCUGUUUUUAACAACUAAUGUAGUCAUGCCGCUUGAUUAUUCCAUGAAGUCCCAGCAAAAUAAUAAUCAGGAAUUAACUAACAUUAUGUUAUCUAUCUAAUUUGUCUGUGUCCCUAAAUGCCCCUGCCUAACUUGCUUCUCUAGUUUAUUCCUUCUGUGGAGGGAUUAAAACGUGGGUGUUGCAAGUUGCCCUAAGCUAAACAUAGUUUUCUUACAUCUUUUUGGAAAAAAAAAAUGGAAUGGGAAGUAUGCAAGAUUAAGCAAGAGUGAUUUUUUUUUUUUUUUUUGACAAAUCAGGUGGCCUUCCUAAACAUACUAAGAAUUAUGUUCUUUCAUGUGUCGAGACACAUUUAAUUUGUUUGCAGCACUUUAAAAAAAUAUACGGAAUAAAAGUUUACAUGUUGGCCCUCUAGGGAUCUAAUUAAGGACAUUAAAGUACAAUUCUUGAGCUACUAACCAUCAGCUCUUCUUAAUCAAAGAUUGCCAUCAGUGUAGAGUGUAUCUAAUGGCACAACAUUCUGGUGUUUUGAUAACAGUAGAACUCAAUUUCCGUAACUAUUAGGAGCAUGGUCUGUGCCCUAGCAUUAAAAAUGUUACUUAUGAUUAUAAUGUGAAUAUCUUGUAUUACUGUACAAUGCAGUAUUCAAAUUUGUCCUUGUAGUGCAAAGGUGACUGAUAAUUUCUAAAAGAUUCGAUCCUUAAAACUUGUUUCCAAGCAGACUUAUAAGGAAGCUGAUUUUUGAGUCAGAGGCCUUAAACGUGUCAUAUACAAGUGGCAUCAUUUUAAGUCCAAAGUGAAACACUUGAUUUGAAUAAGCUAGUUUAUUAACUAAAGCUGUUUUCUUAUGUUACAGUAUUUCAGCACAUUUCAUUCAACAUAAAAAGAAUAUUAAAUGUCCCUGGAUGUGGGAGAGUGUUUAUUUUUCUCAAAAUUAUCUAGCAUUUUGCUUACAGUGCUUUGAAUAUUUGACUUAAAAUUAUUAUUGACGUUGAAUUGUAGGGUGCUGAUUUAGGUCUUGAUUCAUAUACAUUUAAAGGAGGUUGAUAACACCCUCAUGGUAGAGUGAAGGGAGAAGAGGGCCAAGAGGACAGUACCACUGAUAAAGAAGAGAUUGUCAAAUAGAUGCAUUCCUAGUCAUGAAUUAUGCUUUUCCAAACAUUUUUAAAGCAAUGCCUUUGUGUCAACUCAACCCUUCUUCCCCAUUUCUUGUCAUAGAAUGUAGCAUGGCCAUAGGUGAAAAAGUUUAUCAUUAAAGUAUGAAACCAUGAAUUAUAAGCAUUUUGCCGUGAUGCCCUUUUAUACAUAUGUUUUUAAAAGUACUAACCAACAUAUAGGAGUUUAGGAAUGGUGAAGAUAUAAUUUGAUUAAGUUGUAGGUAAACAGAAAGGAUCAUCUUAGGCUCAGAAUUUCUAAUAUGAUUACAUGAGUCUACUUUAUAAACUGGUAUAGGCUACGUAAUUAGCCCGUAAGUUACUUAAAGGACCAGGGGACCUAAUUUUUGUCAGUUUUCCAGUCACAUUGGUGCCAUUCAGGACUCCAGCUGUUUACAGGAAAUACAUACUUAGCAGAGUAGUAUUUUUCCUUGAAAAAAGAAUUGAAUUCAGCCUAAAUACAGAAUGAAUAUGAAUAGCUUGUGAAAAGGGUUAGAGAACAAUAUUCCUAUAGUUUCUGUAUUAAUGCAGUAGAGACAGAGGUUCCUGACGCAAAAAGAAAACCACAAGUAAAGACUGUCAAAUUAGAGCUUUAGAAUAUGACUUGAAAAAGUAGGGAUGGGCAAAACAGCAUAAGAAAAUAUUUUUUCUUAAUGAAGAUGGACAGUGUUUUCUUGUUUUAAAAAUGUUUUGCCUAUUUGCCAGCAUUUUUUGAAGUAGUGCGCUGCUGCUACCUGGAAGAUGUCUAACUUCAUUUUCUACAACUCUUAUGUGAUUUUGCCAUUGUCAUUAAGAUGCAUUGAUUUUAUUUAUGAGGUGUAUGACUUUAAAUAUCUAAAUGCUGUAUUAAGUGACUUGUUUCAAAGGAAUAAAUGAAGUGAAAACGU